AUGGCUCCCAAGAAGGUGAACAUGGAGUACAUCUCCAACGGCUCAACCCGGAAGGCGACGUUCAAGAAACGCAGCAUCGGGAUGAAGAAGAAGGCCCGCGAGUUGUCCACCCUGUGCGGCGUCGACGUGUGCUACGUAAUGUACUACCCCGAGGGCGAGUCAUCGCAGGGGCCCGAGGUCUAUCCGACUGUCCCGGAGGCGAUGCGCGUUAUAGACCGCUUCAGGUCCACGCCGGAGCUUGACCGGUGCAAGAAGAAGAUUGGGGGAGAAGACUAUAUCCGGGAGCGCAUCAGCAAGCUCCAGGAGCAGCUUUGCAAGGGGCGAAGCGACACCCACCGGCUCGAGACAAAGGUGCUGCUGCACGACGUCCUGGCCGGUCACCGCCAGAGCCUCGCCGGCCUCAACAUCGAGCAGCUCGCCAGCUUGGGCUGGAUGGCGGAUAACUAUAUGAAAAAGGUCGGUGACUGCAUCGCCUCAAACAAGAGUAGGCAGCAUGCUGGUCCCCUGCCUUGCGAUGCCACUGCUGCCAACGUCAAUGCCGAGGGCCCACUGCUGCAAGGUUGGGCUACGGAGGUUGUCAAGGCCGGACCUGAUGUCGACGACGCAGCAUACGGUGGCAACGCCGAUGGUGAUGUGACGCGGAUCAGCAACUUGGCCGUGGGAUUUGCAUGGGCUGAUCCAGGUCCGCAUUUUCCUCGCAUAUAA